CAAACAAACAACCACCCUUUCCAUGAACCCACGCCCAUCUCUCUCUAUAUCAGUUUGGCGCUAAAAUCUCAAAAAGCCAAUCAAGCAGCAAUGCCUAUUUAUUACUCUCUCAAAAAGAGAUUCCUUGCAUGCCCCACACCCUCUGCCUUUUAAAUAUUCUAUUCCCGUUUGCAUAUGAAUGCCAUAUAUUGAUUCUCCAGACAAAGAACCUGUGUUUCUUCUCCAUUUCUCCACCUUCUCUUCAAACAAUGGUUCCGGAGCUGGAGAACCCUAGAGUCACCGUGAUAGAGGUCCGAAUGGAUUGUAAUGGUUGCGUGCAGAAAAUCAAGAAGGCUCUACAUGGCAUUAAUGGUAUUUACGACAUUAACAUCGACUUCCCUCAACAAAAGUUAACAAUAAUUGGGUGGGCGGACCCUGAGAAAAUAGUCAAAGCCAUUAGGAAGACGAGAAAGACAGCAACUAUUUGUUCCCAUACAGAACCAUCAGAUCCAUCAGCUCAGUCAACGGAGCCAGCACCCGAUCAGCCGACAGGGCAACCACCAGCUCCUGAUGCGGCAAACCCACCUCCAGCAGAAGCUCCACCAGCCGAAGCAGCCCCGCCAGCAGAACCACCUAAAGACCAACCGCCAAAUGAAGAUCCACCUCCAGAUGUACCCCUAUCAACUGUUCCUAAGGAGACCUCUGCAGGACAACCAGCACAAGCCUCCAAGCCUACGGGUGCAGAAGAGGUUCAUGUUAUAUACCACCACCCACCUGACCAUGGGCACAGGUAUCCCUAUGGUCACAGCUAUGGUCACAUCUAUGGUGGACCCUGGAACACUUACCCAAGUGGACCGAGGUCCCGACAAGAGCUUGGAUUUCAACAAGGGCCAUCCACACCUGCCCAAGUGACUCAACAAGGGCCAUCCACACCUGUCCAUGUGACUCACAGCUAUAGCACCUACAAACCAGCGCCUUAUGUUACCCACAGCUAUAACGCAUACAAGCCGUCACCUUAUGUCGCUGAAUACGAAUAUGUCAGGUCACCACCACGACACACACAUUACAGUAGACCAGAGUGUUACAGUGACAAUUAUCACAGCAGCAGCAAUGGCAAUGGCAAUAUCACUUCAAUGUUCAGUGAUGAAAACCCAAAUUCAUGUAGGAUAGUCUAGAAGGAAAAAGAUGCCAGCAUGGUAAAAAGUCACGGUCUUUAGCCCCUAACAGAGACGUAUCUCAAAUGUCAAUGCAGAAUAAAAAAUAAUAUUGUCAAGGACAAUAACAUUAUCAUCUUAAGCAUGCGAUGAUGUAUAUUAAUGAAUCAGGUUCUUUGCUUGUAAGAAUAGGAAGAGUUUAGUUUUACAUUACAUUACCUAGACAUCUAAUUCAAAUUACGUGGAAUUCCUUACUUGUAAAGAAUCCUGUCAUGUAUUAACUUGUAAGGGGAGUCUACCAUAAUUAGAGAUAGUAAAGGGGUGAAAACAGUAUAAAUGAAAGCUAGCUGUAAGGGGUUGUACUUAGUUGCUGCAUUAGCAGCUGGUACAUUCCCAUGCACAUGUAGGCGGUCACAGCACAUGGGAGGUUAAGAAUCCAGCUAUAUAUAUAGUGCUGAAUUCUCUUCCACGGAUAUGAAAAUUUCUGAGAAUAUUUUGAUCUCUCUCUCUCUCUCAUUUCUCUCCCUUAUUUCUGCAUUCUCUCUCUCUCUCUCUCUCUCUCUCUCUCUCUCUCUCUCUCUCUCUCUCUCUCUCUCUCUAUUUCUUUCAUCAUCUCGAUCUUAUUGUUUGAUCGAGAAUCAUUGUCAGCAUUUGAGAAGCUGACAAAUCCAUAGUGUUAUUUAUUCUUCUGCACUGUACAAUACCACCUCGAGACGUGCAAACCUGAAUCAAAGGCACAGUUUUCUGGAAGCUUCCUUUCCAAUAUAAAGUUCCUUACAACUUGGCAAAUAAUAUUAAGUACCCAGAACAGUAUCUAUCACUCUUGAAAAUAUCUGUAGUAAACUAGUAAUAUUCCUCAUCUCUCUACAAUCUAAAUUGGCUGACUUCUCCAAUUACGGGUUCCUAAAUGGGUGUCAUAGAAUCUAAAGAUUCAGGAGCUGCAUAACAUCAAAUUAUCCGAUCAAUUUCACAUUGGGCAACUACCAUCAGAUCAAAAGCUAAUGCCCAAUUGGAUCUAUAAGAAAACUGUUAGACACAAAAUGCUAAGCACGGAAGACAACCUCCCUAACCAUAGACCACUAGGAAAGAAGCAUGUAUGAAUAUUCAGAAUGUUUUCAAAACCAGCAGAUUAUAUAGACUCCAUUGAAGUUCCAAAUCUAGCAAUCUUAAUAUAGCAGGUUUCUGAGUCGUUGAGAAUAUUUGCUGACAAAACUGUGCAUUCUGGAUCUAUCACUGUUAGGUAGGAAAACCUAGAAAUAAUUCAGUAAAAAAUAUGUAUUCACUAUGUCACAAUCAUUCACAAAGAAAAGUAACUUAGUCACUCAGGGCCUGCCAGAACAGUGAAUCAUAAAAUAUAGGUAAAACAUUCGUCAUUCGCUCCAAAGCAUAUCAAAAAAGUAAUAUGGCAAGAGCUAAAACUUCAAUCUUUUCAGCCAGUUGUUCCAAACACGCAUCUCCAUAAGACUAGUGAAGACUUCAUUUGUCAGGUUUUACUUGAAAAGUCAGACAUACAAGGCACAGGUUCCGACACUAACACCACUAGGGGUGGUAGCUUAGUGAAUAAAGUUCAAGGAUAGGGUUCAACUCAUGCCCUUCUGGUGAUUAUGGAAGUGAACCAGCUAGCAAUAGUAGUUCUAUACCCGACACUGAGAAAUGGUGUCUUUUUAACUAGCACCCCCUCAGUAUGGUGUGUGCUACGAGUCCUCCUGAUCUCCACACUGCCCAAUAGGGAUAGGGGUUGCCAAGAUUAUGUCCUAACAAGGAGGCUAUACCAAUUUUCUUCAUUAUGUCUUCUGGGAAGCAAAUAUAGAUUCAGGCACUGCCACUUUUAUAAUAACAUACAAGUUCAUAGAGAAAUGAAGUUGCAGCUUUCUCAGCUGUAUAAACCAGUUAAAUUAAUCCAGAAAAGACCAAACAAGCACUGAAUCUUGCCACGUACCAAAAAGAAGCAACAAAGUAACAGCUAUAUUAUCAAACUAGAUUAAAUGAAAGCAUACAAAAAUUUUGAGCCAAAGAACAAAUAGAAGAGUUGUAAAACAAUGAUAACCUCAAACUGCUGUCAAAGGGAAAGCAAGGUAGGCUACUUAAUGAAGGUUGGGUUGCAAUAGUAAGGUUGCUUCUUUAUGAUUGGUAGGUCAAGGAUUCAAGUUGUGGACACAGCCUCUUUACAAAAUAAGGGUAAAGUUGUAUACACAUACAACUUUACCCUUCAAUACCGUACUCCGAAAAGCGGGGAACCUCAUGCACUGACGACAUCCUUCAAUACCAUACUCCUAAUCUUAUUCACAUAAUCCAAGCACACUUAACGAAACAAACUAUCUGUUCUAAGAACUAGAUUCAGAAGUAAAAGGAAAAUUUAGAUCUUCAAGAGUCACAGUCUGAGUACCAAAGUCAAAAAAGCUUGUACUCUUCAUUCCAAUUCCACCACCAUGAGCAAAUUGGCAAAAAGCACAACCAAAUCCCUACAACCAAGGCAAAGUUGAUGCAGUAGUUUGUGCACCCUUUUAUAAGAACCCAACUACCAGUAGCAGAUGACAUAUCUCUAUCAAUCAAUGUCAGGUAAAACUUUGACACAUGAAAAUGCAUUUGAUACCAGUCUUUUAACUCUACUAGCAAUUUUCAAAUCAAUCAAAUAUAAAUAAAACUUCCAAGAGGUCAAAGCAUCCAGCACAAAUUCCGGAGAAACUAGCAGUAGAAGCCAUCACAAUUCAACAAUAUAAGCACUUGUAAUUCAUAAACUAUCAUAAAUCUCUUGUACAUGAAUGUUUCUGGGAAAAUAUUACAAGAAAAAGGGGGAGGGAGAAAACAGCUUACUUUCCAUGACUAAAAAUAUUAAACCCCC